AUGGCCUUCGAGGAUCACAGGACCACAAGGCAAAGAAGCAAAAAUGCAGCUGUUAGCUGGGAAGGAUGGAAUCCUGCAAAUCAAAUUGAGUCUUGUUCUUGUUUACUUUUAGAUGCCUGUCUUAGAUGUCAAGCUGAAAACAAACAAGAAGAUUGUGUUGUGGUUUGGGGAGAAUGCAAUCAUUCCUUCCACAACUGCUGCAUGUCCUUGUGGGUGAAACAGAAUAAUCGCUGUCCUCUCUGCCAGCAGGACUGGGUAGUCCAGAGAAUAGGCAAAUAA